AUGUCUACUAUGCUAACUCGUUCUGUCCGCACUUUAUCUAAACAAUUGUCUACUCCCGUGAGAUUAUACAGCACAGGUGGUUCUGCUGGCUCCAUUGGUUCCACCAGAACAGAUGGUUCUUCUGAUAACUUUGUUAAACGUGAAAGAGCACAAGAAGACUAUUUUAUUAUCCAAAGGGAAAAAGAAGAGUUACAAAAGUUGAAGGAACAAUUGAAAAGUCACGAAGACAAAGUCGAAAAAUUAAAGAAGGAAAUUGAUGGUUUUUCUAGUAAAAAAUAG